GCCAUGCGUGACGUCACAUUGGGGCAUGCGCGUUGACGCCCCCACGAUCGCACGAUCUUUUAACUGUACUGUCAUCAAACGAUCGCCACCAUGGUGCAGCGAUUGGUUUACAGAAGGCGCCUCAGUUAUAACACUCAGAGCAACAAAAGACGAGUGGUACGGACCCCUGGAGGCCGUCUCGUCUACCAGUACACUAAGAAAUCGAAGAAGGCUCCCAAGUGCGGAGGAUGCAAAGAGACCCUCAGAGGAAUCAAGCCUGCAAGGCCCAUGGAAAAGUCGCGCGUGAAGAGGCAUAAGAAGUCUGUCCGCAGGAGUUACGGAGGUGUCAUGUGCCACCGUUGCGUGAAAGAAAGGAUUGUCCGCGCUUUCCUUAUUGAAGAACAGAAGAUUGUCGUCAAGGUUCUUAAGGCGCAACAGGCCCAGGCUAAGGCCGUCAAGACUAAGUGAUUGUACUGUUCUUUCUAAAAUUAAAUUGAAAAACCCAAAAAUAACAA